CCGGAAAUCUGGAGACUUGAAAAGGAUCUCCUGGUUUUCCGGCCUAUUACACUCAACACCCUUAUCAUGAUCGAGGCUUCAACGAGGAUAUAUACUCCAGGAAAAUGCCACAUCGGUCCUCAACCACUCUGUAUCACGCUGGUCAAGUCUCAAGGCUUGGUCACUCUAUAUUGGAUCGAGCAGGUUAUAUCAACAACAAUACUCAUUUCUCUUGGUUGUCAUUACCUCCGCCGCGAACCACCAUAGUUCAAUGGAGAAGGGCAGCUUUGAGCUCGGGGGAGACACCUCUGAUCUCCCCAUUCAUCGCCAAGUCAGUACAGGAGUGGGCGAAUGCGUGGACAAAAGCCAUGCCAAUGAUACGAUGCAGCUCAAUGUUGGUGGCCGCGGAGCCACCCAACGUCGCCUGAGGAACUACCAGGUCAGCAUGAUUGGAUUUUGCGGCGGUAUCGGCACCGGAUUAUUUGUGGGAACUGGUGCUGCAUACUCCAGAGCCGGCCCUGCUGGGAUGCUUCUCGCCUAUAUCAUCGUCGGCACAGUUCUGUGGUGCGUGAUGCAGAGCAUCGCCGAAUUGGCCACGCUACUACCUACUGCCGGCUCUUUCCCUCACUGGGCAACUCGGUUUAUCGAUCCGGCUGUGGGUUUCUCAUUCUCGCUUUCCUACACCUGGGGCUACGCCGUCGCCAUUGCCACCGAAAUCACCGCCGCAAGUCUCGUUGUGUCGUACUGGACGGACAUCUCACCAGCCUGUGUCAUCACGGUGGGACUGGCCCUGAUCUUAACGAUCAAUCUCUUGAGUGUACGCUGGUAUGGUGAUGCCGAGACGGUUGGAGGAGCCGUCAAGGUCCUCUGCUUUAUAGGAUUGAUUUUUGUCUCGAUCAUCAUCACGGCUGGGGGCGGACCUAAUCACAAAAGUAUUGGGUUUCGCUACUGGAAGAACCCUGGUGCAUGGACAAACUACAACGGUAUUACGGGGUCGACAGGCCAUUUCCUGGGAUUUUGCUCGGCUUUCGUCAAUGCCUCGUUUACCUAUCUAGGUAUCGAGACGUUCAUCAUCACCGCCGGCGAAUCACAAGAUCCACAUCGUUCUAUCCCCAAGGCGGCCAAGCGUGUGACCUUUCGCAUCGCCUUCUUUUAUAUCACCGGUGCCCUUCUCAUCGGCAUGAUCAUCGACCCGAGAAACCCAGCGUUAGUGUCCGGCACGGGAAACGCCAACAGCUCGCCCUUUGUCAUCGCUAUCAAGGAGGCCGGCAUAAGUGCCUUACCAUCUAUUGUGAAUGCCUGUAUCCUCAUUUCCGCGUGGUCUGCUGGUAACUCGUACUGUUGGGUUGCCUCACGCAUGAUUGUGGCGAUGACAACAGACCGGCAAAUGCCUCAGGUCUUUGGGCGCGUAACAAAAAACGGCGUACCGUUCGUGGCUGUCUGUACAGUAUGGCUAUUUGGCCUAUUGGCAUAUCUGAGUCUCGGCAAAGGGAGUGCAUCGCAGGCGUUUGGCUGGCUGCAGAGUGUCACCACCAUAUCCGGCUUGAUUUCCUGGGCCACGCUCUGCCUCUGCUAUAUUCGGUUUCAUGCAGCUUUGAAGGCCCAGGGCGUCAGUCGCGAAACCCUGCCCUGGAAGUCCGCUCUGCAACCCUACACUGCCUGGUACGGCUUCGUCGGUGCUGGCGUCCUCGCCCUUGUCACUGGCUUCCCUGUUUUCCUCAAGGGCAAUUGGUCAGCCAAAACCUUUGUGGCGAACUAUAUUAGUAUUCCGAUCUUCAUUAUCCCUAUCAUUGUUUGGAAGGUGAUUCAUCGUACAGAGUUUGCCCGAGCCUCUACGAUUGACUUAUGGUCUGGCCGUCUCCAGGAAGGAGAGAUUGAACCAAUGCAGCCCCCCACAACUCGGUGGGGACGUUUUGUUGACUGGUUGGUUUGAAAGAGAUGGACUUACGUAUCAGUAAUUCAUUGAUGGGACAGGUUUUGAUAGUAUUGUCAUCAAUAACA